GUCAAGACUCCUGUAGUGACAGCGUGGUAGGCGGAGAGAAACAGUGCAACCGUGAAACAAAUCUUGUUUUAUUACCGUGACAUACAAGCUCUGCUAGCAAUCGAUUCUUCAAGGCGGUCAACAUCGACUGCGGCUUGCAAUGACGAUGUCAAAUUCACCCCAAAAGAAUUCCGCCUCACUGUCUCUCUUCGCGUCUAGUCCUCCCUCUGGACUUCUGAGUGGCCCGUCCGAUACCGAUUACCGCAGGCAACGCCUGCAACGAAUUGGCAGCUACUCAGCGCCAACAGCACAAAAUCAAGCAGACGAUGAGACCACUGCGCUACGCGCAGUUCCCAGCACCAGUUACGGGACAUUGCCCGCUGUUCGCCCGCGUCGCACAUGCACCCAACCUGAUCUUUGGGUCGCUCGUCGCCAAGUUACUCUCCCAAGCCUUCCUCUAACGCGAAGCGUGACCGUCUCUGUUCCAAACUCUCCAUCGGCCUUCUCACCAACAUUUACACGGGACACACUCCGCAGUCGGAUUUCCCAACAGCGGCCCAUAUCUGCUUACGAUGCCCAACUCGUGAAUUUAAAUGCCGAUGCCGCGGACACUGACAUCGACGUUCGAACCAAUGGAUUCCGCGUGUGGUACUCCUCGUUCUCCUCAAUUGACUGGCUUCAUGAUGCGAUCAAGGACUCGGUCCGAUUUGCCCGGCUCCGGCGCGGCAAGUCCAUCCGCUCCAGAGUCCGACUUGUAUUCGACAAGAGCCUUGGAUGGAUCAUCGUCACUAUCGUCGGGUUCCUCACUGCCGUAGUUGCAUUUCUUGUCGUUCGUGCAGAGCAAUGGCUGUUUGAUGUGAAGCAAGGCUACUGCAAGACCGCAUGGUGGCAUGCACAGCUCUUUUUCUGUCCUCUGCCCGAUGAGUACGGGUCUUUGGAUGACCAUUGUUCCGCUUGGAGGACCUGGUCGGAUGUCUUUGCAUCGUGGACGGGCAGCGAAUUGGGGGGUGGAGAAAGUGCUGUACAGUAUUUUGCGUAUACAAUCAUUGCGGUUUUAUUGGCCGGUACUUCAUCGCUCCUCACAAUCUAUCUCACGGCGUCAACGUCCUUCAUCACUCGUAAAGAAUCCGGAGUUCUAUCUCCUCAUUUCGACAAGAAUGGUGAACGGACCGCUUCGAGCUCUUCGCGGCCCAAGCGUGGUGUAAUCUACUACGCUGCAGGGAGUGGAAUCCCGGAGAUCAAGACCAUUUUAUCAGGCUUCGUCAUCCAUGGUUAUCUCGGCGGGCGCGUGCUAUUUAUUAAAGCGCUUGGACUGGCUUUGUCAGUUAGCUCAGGAUUGUCUCUUGGCAAGGAGGGACCUUUCGUCCACAUUGCGAGCUGCGUAGGCAACAUCGUCAGUCGUUAUCAUAGCAAAUAUGAAAAUAACGAAGCCAAACGUCGUGAGAUACUCAGUGCAGCAUGCGCGGCAGGUGUCGCUGUUGCAUUUGGGGCACCCAUUGGCGGUACCUUGUUUAGCUUGGAAGAAGUCUCUUACUUCUUUCCGCCCAAGGUUAUGUGGAGAAGCUUUUUCUGCGCAAUGAUAGCGGCUGUAACCCUCCGGUUUCUCGACCCUUUCGGAACUGGUAAAGUUGUAUUAUUCCAGGUCACUUAUGACAAGGAUUGGCAUGCAUAUGAGCUAAUAUUUUUUAUCCUACUUGGAGUUCUUGGAGGAGUAUACGGCGCGUACUUUUCCAAGCUGAACUACCGCUGGAGUCGUGACGUUCGUGGCAAAACAUGGUUAAAGGCGCAUCCAGUUGCAGAAGUCGUUCUUGUGACUCUCGUAACCACUGUUUUGUGCUUUUUAAAUCCUUAUGCACGCAUGGGGGGCACAGAGCUUGUUUAUAACCUCUUCUCAGAAUGUCGCACAGGCAGCAAAAACAGCCAUUUUAAUUUGUGCGUCCUGGAUCCAAGCAGUUUCGACCAUGUCUGGCCCGUCGUGCGAGCGAUCCUUGUUGCCAUGAUCGUCAAGGGUUUCCUGACUAUAAUUACAUUCGGCAUAAAACUACCGGCUGGGAUUUUUAUACCCACCCUCGGAGUAGGUGCAUGUGCUGGACGGAUUGUUGGCAUUGCUGUGCAAUGGCUCCAGUACCAUUACCCGGAUAGCACUGUAUUUGCUGUAUGCGAGGGUGACAUGGAUUGUGUCGUGCCUGGUCUUUACGCAAUGGUGGGGGCUGCAGCGGCCUUGUCGGGCGUCACUAGAACAACGGUGUCAUUAGCGGUCAUCAUGUUCGAGCUAACCGAUACCCUCACGUAUGCUGUCCCUGUCAUGCUGUCUGUUCUUGUUGCAAAGACCGUAGCCGAUGCCCUGGAGCCUAAAGGAAUUUAUGACCUGGUGAUCGAGCUAUCUCAACUUCCGUACCUAGAUGCUAAACAUGAAUACCUGUGGUCAAAUCUGUCCAUCAAGGAAGUGACCGAUCGAGAUGUGGAUGUGAUCAGGGUUGACCGACACAAUACCGUUGAAAGUCUUCGGGACCAAUUGCAAUCACUUCUGAAUGCUGAGCAUGAUGACGGUGGUUUCCCCAUCCUCAGGCCAGGUCGUGACGAAGAUGGUAUGCGCCUGGUUGGCUACAUUGGCGCUAGCGAAUUAGAGCAUGCUCUCACCGUCGUAGCAGAGGGAGCAACCGAGGAAGUUCGCUUUCACACUACCUAUACGCAUGAGGACAUGACUACUUCAUUUUCGUCCUGGGACGAUCCAUUCGACUUCAGCGUAUACAUGGACCAGGCUCCAUUGAUGAUUCAGUCCAACUCGCCUUUGGAGCUCCUUCACCAAUUUUUCGUGAAACUUGGCGCUCGUUAUGUUGUAGUGACGGACACUGAUGGUGACUAUGAAGGCGUAAUCGACAAGAAGACGUGGCUAGCAUUUCUCAGCGAAUUGGAGGAGAAAUCGUGAUAGACUCACGAUCUGCCGCCACGAGUUUAUUGGCUAAUGGACAUAAUCAACAGACACUCGCACACUAAGGGAUGAUUCUGUGGAUACUGGUUGCAUACCUAAACCCAAAGUACAAAGUACGCGAUACUGACAGAAUUCUGCUGUAGGCAUGUUUAUGGUUAUUGAUCUUAAGUUAUCGCAAUUACAUAUUAGCAGUACUACGUAUACUUUUACUACACAAUAAUAUACCUUUACCUUAUGAC